GUGGUAGUGUAGUACAGUGACGACAGCGAUUGCUCAACGAGUGUUUGUCAUCCGUACGAAUUUAGAUAAAAAUUUACAACUGAAUAAUUGUUCAUUGAACACACGCGAGUGUAGUGAGUAAGUGGAAGAUUAAAUACGGUGUCAGUGACGAAUCUUCUGUUAUAAGUGAACAAGCACAUGUGUGUAGCAGAAAAAAUUGUUUAGAAACAGUACGCGAACUAUAAACAUGAAUAACAGUACGAGGCAACCGAAAACUACGCCUAUUACAGAUGAUUACGAUAUAUCAAAUACCGUACUCGGUCUAGGCAUCAAUGGAAAGGUGGUAGAAUGCAGAGAAAAGCGCACAGGCGUAAAGCGAGCGUUGAAGGUGCUCCACGACAACGUGAAAGCCAGAAGAGAAGUGGAACUUCACUGGCGAGCCAGCGGGUGCAUACACAUCGUUGAGAUAAUCGACGUAUACGACAACACAUACAGCGGCAAGCGAUGCUUACUCGUAGUCAUGGAAUGUAUGGACGGCGGCGAACUCUUCCAACGCAUACAGGACAAUAGAGACGGAGCAUUCACUGAACGACAGGCCGCUGAGAUAAUGCAUUCAAUAUGCGUCGCCGUCCGCCACCUGCACGAGUCAAACAUAGCCCACCGCGACAUCAAACCCGAGAACCUAUUAUACACUUCAGCGGAACCCAACGCCAUCUUAAAAUUAACUGACUUCGGGUUCGCGAAGGAGACUCUCACACCGGCGGACACGCUGCAGACACCCUGUUACACACCUUAUUAUGUCGCACCUGAGGUCCUAGGGCCUGAAAAAUACGACAAAUCAUGCGACAUCUGGUCAUUAGGCGUGGUGAUGUACAUCCUACUCUGCGGCUUUCCCCCCUUCUACUCCAAUCACGGGCUCGCCAUAUCGCCCGGCAUGAAAAAGCGUAUCCGACUAGGCCAGUACGACUUCCCCGAGCCGGAGUGGUCCAACGUAUCGUCUGAAGCCAAGAACCUCAUCCGGGGCAUGCUUUGCGUGGAUAGUGCCAAGCGCCUCACCAUAUAUCAGGUGAUGUCCAGCCCCUGGAUCCGCCAAUACACCCAAGUACCCCAAACGCCUCUAUACACCAACACGUUACUCCGCGAAACUGGAGAAGCUUGGGCUGAUGUCCAGGAUGAAAUGACUCGAUCACUCGCUACCAUGCGCGUUGACUACGACCAGGUACAAAUCAAAGCACUGGAGCAGAGCAACAACUCCCUGCUGAACAAGAGACGGAACAAAGUGGGCGCCUGAGACACAGAGUACUUAGAUUCUACUAAACUAUAAUAACGGCUCACUCACAGCAGUGGCGGCGCGUCCAUACAACUCGGUUCCUACUGGCUUGCCUACCAUACACCGAUUCUACAAGUGUUUAAGGAAAGGCAAGUCGGCAUGCCUAUUGACCUCCUUAUCUUACAAGUUUUGAAGAAAAGGUAAGCUCCGGCUUGCCUAAGUAUGCUUACGCUGCCACUGAAGUACAGUAAGCAGUAGAAGUACUCGUAUUAAGUGGGUGGGUGGGUUAUUAAUUAUCUGACCAUAUAUCUAAAAAAAAAAACAUACAACCGAAUUGAUAACCUCGUCUUUUGAAAUCUUGAAGUCGGUUAAAAAAUAGGAAGGCCUAGUUUGAAUAUUUGACCAUCGGUAUACUUUUAAAAUUUUGCUUGCUAUAAUCGGAUUUACUAUAGGUUAGAAUCAUGAUUUUGGGUUUAGACAUUUUUUAAUGUGUCAUACGUAUUUUUCAGCAUUUUUAAGUCAGACUUAACCAGAUAAAUAAAUAAUAGAGACUAAUGUCUAUACAAAUCGUAUAGGAUUAAAGCCUCACUAUCUACAACAAAUUAUUACUGAGAACCAGUUAUAUACAGUCUUUAUUGUUACGGGUUUCUGGGUAAAUAAUAUAAGUGAUUAAUGUACCUGCUGGUACUUUAUAUACACAAUUAUUAAUAGGAAAAAAUAUUGCUCCUACUACGCAUAAAUAUACACCGUGUUUUUUUUUGAUUUGCGUUAAUUUCGAGGGUGCAUUCCCGAGCUUAAAUUAAGUAACUUUCUCAAAGACACCGAUAUUCUAAUUAACUCCAUUUCGGAGAUAAUUAAUCAUUAAUUUUUAUCUUAUAAGGCCGUUACGAGCGUGUACACUUGCCUUAGGGCCUGUUUACUUAUUGAUUAGUGUUUAGUGCGAGUUCAUACAUUUGCUACUAAACGUAAGUACUAUCUCGGACGAUCGACGUUCGAAAUGACAUUGAUAUGUCACAGUUUUCAAUUAAUAUGUUACAACAACGCUAUAUGCAACAUUUAGUUACUUUUUAUAAAAAAAAAAUACUAAAAAAAAAAAAAUUUUUUUUUUUUGAAAAUUAACUAUGCCAUUUAGUUUCUUUAAACGUACUUACCGAUACCCCGAAGUUAACGAAAUUCAAUAAAAACACGGUGUAUAUAAAAAUGCAGGGUGCACGUACCCCUUUUUACAGUGUAUUAAAACAUCAGUAGUUUUAGGAUUAAGUAUAAAAUGAAAAUAAUCACAAUAAGGUAGAAGUACUAGUGCUCGACGCUGCACUAGUACUCGACAUGGGCACUUUAUGCCAAAGUGUCAAGGAUUAAGUUCGAAUACAGAAAAAUCUUCGUUCUCAGAAAAAUCUGGUGGCCUAGCGGUAAGAGCUUGCGACUUGCAAUCCGGAGGUCGCGGGUUCAGACCCCGGCUCGUACCAAUGAGUUUUUCGGAACUUAUGUACGGAAUAUCAUUUGAUAUUUACCAGUCGCUUUUCGGUGAAGGAAAACAUCGUGAGGAAACCGGACUAAUCCCAAUAAGGCCUAGUUUACCCUCUGGGUUGGAAGGGCAGAUGGCAGUCGCUUUCGUAAAAAUUAGUGCCUACGCCAAAUCUUGGGAUCAAGCGGACCCCAGGCUCCCAUGAGCCGUGGCAAAAUGCCGGGACAACGCGAGGAAGAAGAGAGACAGAAAAAUCUUCGUUGUUCAAAUUUAACCUAUAUUUCCAUGAAAUAAAGUGCCCAUGUCGGUGACUAGUGCAGCGUCGAGCACUAGUACCAACUCCUACCUUACAACUUAGACGUAAAUAUAUAAUUUUUAAUGAAAGAUACUAACUUUAAUUUAAAGGAACCCGCAUUUUUCUCCAAAUGUUAGUACUUAUUUUUAUUACAUAAUUAUGAGUAAAUCAAGGCAAUUAGAGUGCCUAUUGCAUCAGGAAAAAAAGGUUAACUUAUAAAGGUGUCGAUUAUUUAUUAUUUCAAAAAUUCUAGCAACACAGUGAUAAAAUGGUCAGUAUGUGUUAUGUCUAUCUUUUAUCCAAAGCAGUGUUUCGUCUUUUGUAUAUCAAUAUUAAUAUACGUAUAGAUAAAUGGCCAUAGUAAUAAAAGCAUGUCAACUUUGCCUAAUGAAUAAUUUCGUUUUACGUUUGUAGUAAUUAAAUAAUUAAUUAGUAAAAUUUAUUCAAGCGAAUUUAGAUAUUAACAAUUUUCUAAUUAUGUGGGCAAAGUCACCCACUAGUUGAGUGGGCAAAGUUGAUGAUACGAAGUUAUAUGAUCAUUUUAUUAACCAUGGUCGUAUGCUUGGACAAAUAAAUGUAAAAUGGUUGUAAUAUAAAAGACGUGUGUAAUGUCAAUUUCUACUCUUAGGUGCUAUUGCUGAGCUUUCUAUGCUUUUUCGUAAAAACACCUAUUUUAUUGAAAUGGUAUUGUAUCUAUCUUACAAGAAUAGUAAAGUUAAAAAAAGACAAACAUCGCAUUGGCGUUUCGUAAAGCUUCAAAUAGCGUUACGGACUGGAUUUCAAAUGACUCGCAAUCGACAUAUUUUCUUUCUUUUUUGAUCAGAAAAAUUAAGCACCAAAAGAUAAGCCAUAAAUUAAGUCAAACCUCUAAAUGCCAGGGCGUUUUGCUGUUUAUACUAUUUCUAUGAAAUCGGGUGAGCGAUAUCACGCCCUCCCUUAUUGUGGGCGUUAAUUGUAAUAUGUAAAUAAUUAUAUAUACGUAUAUACUAUAUAUAUUAGCCGCUAUUUGAUAGGUUCGACUAGCAAAUGCUACCUCUAAGCAGGUACUCUGUCAAAAUCUUGCUUUUUAGGAUUAAGAAGUGUGUUAUUUUUAUGUUUGCCGUCCAAACGAGAGAUGUAGGGAAUAUUUUUUGGAAAAUGGAGCAUUAUUUUUCUAGUUUAUUAAGGAUAAACGAAAUGACAUGGAAUUAUUAUAAAACUUUCGAUUAUUCUUAUAGAUUGGGAUAUUUACUACACAUAUAUAUAUAUAAACUAGGAGACAAAUUAUGUGCUUAGAAAAGAGGGAGGUUAGUAUUUUUUACAGACUAGACUUCCUCUCGCAUAAAAAAACUAUUAAGAAAAUAGGGGCUUUGUCUCGUUAAGUAAAUUAGCAUAACUCGUAAGUCACAAACAUGAACGCUGUACAUAUGACAUCACAUUGCCAUUAUGUAUGUAGAUAUAGGUACCUAGUUUAUAGUAUAUGUAAUUUGCAUUUGUUUUUGCUGAAAUCCAAUUUUUUGUUUGAUGUAACUAAACUACUUAAUAAAGGUAUCGUUUAAUUUAUGAUAUAAAACAUCACAAAUUCAGGAAGAUGGAAAUAUUUUUUGUGUAGUUUCGAAGGAUUUUGGUAAAAACUGUAACAUUAGUUGUAACUGACUUAAUUAUUGUGAAUAAGGUGCGUGAUUAAUGGUUAUUAAAACUGUACAAUAAUA